AUGACGUUACCGACGGGGCCAUUGGGACUGAAUCCAAUUCAAUUCUCUAUUGGAACUUUCUCUCUUCUCCUCCUCUUUGUGCUGUAUCUUCUUUUUCCUCGAGCACUACGAAAGUCCUAUUUUGCAUCCUACCCCAGAAGGCAUGCUUGGUCUGCACGAAGUCGAAGAAGCCGUCGUGGUGGUGGAGGUUAUUCAGUGGCUGGUGAUGGAUCAAUUGCAGGAUCCACUGCAACAGGAGGAACAUUUGGAACUCGUGGACAACAAUCUCGUCACGGUGGAUUUGUCAGUGUGGCUGGAGGAUCUACAGUGGGAUCCUAUAGUAUUGCCACCAGACGUGGGUUUGAUGAAGAAGCAGCCUUCCGAAAUGGUCAACCAGUGGUCGACUUUCAACAGAAUGAAGAAAUUGUUAUUUCAGCAGCCAUGCAGCAAUUACGCGAUCCAGGUGUUUUGAUCGUUGCUCAUGGUUCCAGAGGCAAACCCAAGACUGUCCGACUGCAGCUCACGGAAUCCUCUGUCACAUGGAGAACCGAAACCAGAAAGAAGGGCCAAAAGGAUGGCAAACCCAAAAUGGGUAAGCUUCAUCAAGUUCCUCUAUCACAUAUCAUGUAUGUGGACGUUGGAAAACAGACUACAGCUCUACGAAGAGUGGAAAACGCUGCUGUGAGUGACACACUAUGCUUCUCUCUAUUGACCAAGGAAGGUUCUUUGGAUCUAGAGGCCAAUAGUCCUCGCGAGCGCGAUGCCCUCGUUUCUUGCUUUAGUCUUGUCUUGGACGAAGUCCAUGCACAAAAUUGGAGAGAUAUUUAUCGUGGACCUUCUAGCGAUAUGCCCAGUUCCUUUGAUGAAUUGGAUCAACAACAGCAGCAACAACAAAGUAUUGGCGGCGGACGCAUGCCAAGACAACCAUAG